GGUCAUCGAGUCCUCCCAUCCUCCUUCGAUCCGUCGUCUUACUCGAAGAUGCCUCAGAACGACUACAUCGAGGAGCACCAGCGCCGGCACGGCAAGCGGCUGGACCAUGAGGAGCGCAAGCGCAAGCGCGAGGCGCGCGAGGUGCACAAGCAGAGCGCCGUGGCGCAAAAGACAAUUGGCCUCAAGGCCAAGAUGCUCAACAAGAAGCGGCGCGCGGAAAAGGUGCAGAUGAAAAAGACGCUCAAGGCGCACGAGGAGCGCGACGUCAAGACGGCGGCGACGAGUGCCGACUCGUCAGAGGCCCUGCCGACCUACCUGCUGGACCGCGAGCAGCAGCGCGACGCAAAGGCGCUCUCGUCGGCCGUCAAGGAGCGGCGCAAGGACAAGGCGGCGCGGUACAGCGUGCCGCUGCCCCAGGUGCGGGGUAUUGCAGAGGACGAGGCGUUCAAGGUGAUGAAGACGGGCAAGCGCAAGGACAAGGCAUGGAAGCGUAUGGUGACAAAGGCCACCUUUGUCGGCGAGAGCUUCACCCGCAAGCCGCCCAAGCUCGAGCGCUUUGUCCGCCCCAUGGCGCUGCGCUACAAAAAGGCACACAUCACCCAUCCCGACCUGAAGGCCACGUUCCAGCUGCCAAUCAUCGGCGUCAAGAAGAACCCGCAGUCGCCCAUGUACACGCAGCUGGGCGUCCUGACAAAGGGCACCAUCAUCGAGGUCAAUGUCUCGGAGCUGGGCAUGGUCACGACUGGCGGCAAAGUCGUCUGGGGCAAGUACGCGCAGGUGACCAACAACCCGGAAAACGACGGUUGCGUCAACGGUGUCCUCCUCCUCUCGUCUUGAUUCCUUAUCUUCAGGCCCGCUCUCAUGUACUUGUAUCUAUCUCACUGCAAUCUGGCGCAUUGGCUGCUAUUACUACUACUGCUACUACUUGCUCUUCUU